AUGGUUUGUUGGGUUUGCAUGUCUUUGCAUGUUCAUCUUGUGCUUGUGCAGAUGUGCUUGGAUUGUGCAUGACAUCGAGCACAUUCCAACGAGCCAAGAAUUGUUGGAAUCGGAGCACAUAUGAAGAAGUUACGAAGAAAUGUUUGAUGGAUUUGUUACAACUCAUUGGAAGUCCUUGUCAGCUGCUACACCAAAGUUGGAGAGCCCUAUAACGAGGAGGGACCAGCAUCUUCAAUCAUAGUGACUCUGAGGACUGUCAACUUCUCCUAGGGCAGAUUACCCCCCAGUGCGCCAAACGCCAUAGCUCGCUCGUUAAGCUACGGAAUCAAGUGAUUCAACUUUCAGUGGAAAGCUGACGCUGCCAGCGACAACAUAUCCGAUUUUCAGAUCGUUUCACCGAUUGGAGUUUUGGAUAUAGCUAUUCGAAGGUCGCAAGUUUUCUGGGCGUCAUAACGAAGUGCUGCAGAAAUUUCCAAGGAGCCAUUGAAUCAUCUGCUUAUAGCCUUCUCUGACCAACAAGUGGUAUCAGAGCCUAUUAUCACGCAUUUGGGACCUAAAAUACGAUGGGAGAUAAGGAGGACUCUGGUGGAGGUGAUACUUCAGUCCAAGGAGGCAGCUCAACCCAAGAUUCUGGCAUUGCAGCGCAAAGGGGAGCGCGUACAAGCCAGGGGUCACUGCUUAAGGAGGUGCUGAAGAACUUCACCAUUGAGAAGUUCUCUGGAGAUGGCUAUGAUGAUUGGGCAUGGAAGAUGCAGCUCUACUUUCGACAAAUUGGCCUCUUGAAGCUCAUGAUUGGAAUGGAGCCAAGGCCAAAGGAAAUGGCAGAGCAAGCGGACUGGGAUGAACGUUCAUCUGCUGGGUAUUAUCUACUGUCACAAAGCUUGGAGCUGAACCAGAGGCAUCACAUCAUGCAUCUGCUACCGGAAAUUGAUUGUGGGCCCAAGGCAUGGGCAGUGCUCAAGGACCUGCACGCUCCAACAUCGGUUGCCGCUUCUCUCAUGCUGGAUCGGGAGCUGUCCAUGCUGCGGUUGAGCGAGAAUGAACCUGUGCAGCCCGUACUGGACAAGAUGAGGGAACUCUACGCGAAAUUGGCGAUUGCAGGCAUCACGUACCCAGAGCAGACAAAGUUGGCACAGCUGUUGCAAGGGCUGGAGAGGAAUUGCACCCGCUUGACAUGUGGGUCAUGGACUCUGGUGCUGCAUGGACAAUGACACCACGCAAGGACUUGCUGGAUGCUGUGCGAGCGCCUCCAAUCUCUGAAGUGCGCUCAGCAUCCGGACAUGUGUUGGUGCAUAUUCGUUUGCACGUCAUCCUGUCGUCUGUUCGCAUCAUUUCGUUGCAUGUGUUUUGUGUGCUACGUUGUUUGUAUGGUUUGUUGGGUUUGCAUGUCUUUGCAUGUUCAUCUUGUGCUUGUG